AUGCUAAUUGCGCUAUUGUCGAUUUAUGUUGGCUGGUUGUUGGGCCUGGUGUUGGCUACUGUGUGCCUGAUAUUUUGCGGACAUGGCUGGGGGCCUUUACCGCAUAUUUACUUGCGCCUGGUGAAAUUCCUGCAAAGUUUCUAUCCAAACAGUUAUCCGCAAGCAGAAUCCCUAUGGCCUGCAAUCAUCAGACGGUGCGAAAUGUCAUCACUGGAACAGCAUCGCAACGAUUCGCUUUCCUCAUUCAAAUUCAGGUAA